AUGCAAGCGACUCAUGAUUCUAAUGCAGAUUUUCCAUCGUCGUCUGCAACUCGUCACAAGAAAACUAGACAGCAUGAAGACAUGAAAGGCGCGCAAUUCUUUGUUCAGUCGAAUUUGAAAAGUAAACGAUCGGAAAGAUUUAAAAGCUCUAAAUUUCCCAUUUCAGUUAUAGCGAGAUCGAUUGCCGCUUUGAGCAAGAUUUCAGAGGACGUGUACAUCGAAGUUUCCGACAAUGGAGUAAGAGAGAUUCUUAAUGUAAAUACAGAAUUGUUUUCAGCUCUUUUUCAAAGCGUUUAGCCGAUUCAAAUAUUGCGUUUUCCGAUUUGCCCCAGAGUUUUUCAACUCGUGUGACCUGACGAUGAUUAACAAAAAAGCCGCGAACAUCUGUAGGCUGUCCAUGAAAGUGAGAGAAUCUAACCGCUUUAGAGCUAAACAGAACUGUGCUUUUAGUCUGCUCAACGCAUUUUCAAAGGUGUCAUCUUCGGCGAUAAAAAUUUCGUUGGUUGCGAAUUCCGAAUUGAUCCGAAAGCCGAAAAAAUGGAUGUGAAUUUACAAAUGAACUACGGUGGGAAAAUCUCAGUUCGGAGUUAUUGGAGCUAGUCGUUUUUCAGAUGUAAACCGCAUUGUCCGAGCGAAGCUUCGUGAAACGUCCAAUGUGCUCCAGAAGCCUGUCUACGAUCGCUCCCUCUGCAGGAACACAACUGUCGUUUUUGCUUCGUAACUUUUUUUGAUACUUUUCUGUGUAUUCCGUUUGUCUUUCAGAACGAUUCUUCCAAUUCUCGCUCAAAUGAAGACGGAUAUCGAAGUUACGAUAAAAGUGGAUGAGAACGGAGUGACGAUCAGAAAUUAUCACUCCGUCGACGGAGUUCAUAUGUUUAAUGUGAGCGACUCGAAAGGAGGAAAGAAAGUGAAAACAGAGACUACGAUUGGAGUGGAAAAGUUGGUUCGGCACAAAGUGACCAUUCCGAUUGAGUUCUCUUUUUCGCUCAAAGAAUUCCUGGUAAGACCAUCUUAUUAAAAUGGAAAACGUACGUUUGUUCAGUCGAUUGUCACAUUCGCCGAUCAGCUGGGAUCAGAAGUGUGUCUGUACUACGAUACUCCCGGCAAACCAUUGAUCAUGUCGAUCGAGCAGCAUUCAAACUUCGAUAUCGAACUGGCACUCGCCACAAUGGGAAACAAUGAUGAGGUGGAUUUGGAUGGAGGAAUCAUAGUGAGUGCUGAAGCGAAUCUUCGGAUUGUCAUGCUCGUUUCCAGAAAGAAACGUUUCUUGCUGCGGAGACCGCGAAAUCAUCGCCGUCCCCCGCUCCCAGCCGUCGCCGACCGAGCCAUACGACGACGGCGGAAAUCGAGUGCAGCUCGAGAUCUCGUUCGAGAAGAGGACUCAUACGGACUCAGGAGAACCCCUCAUAUCCUCGCAAAUCGUCGUCAAAUUCCCAAAUGAGCAAGAAUAACUUCAUGACAACUUCGGAUGAAGAAAGAACGACCCAACCGAUUGCAGAUUCAUCGUGGAGAGACCGUGCGAACCCCUUGUAGGUUUUCAGGGAAAAAAAACAAUCAAAGAAUGAGACCGUUUGCAGCGAAAACGGUCGAAAGAAAACUGCAGAAAAAGAUAGGAGACAGCAAGCGAUUGAGAAAGAAUUAGAAGUGAUGGAAGUGGAACCAGCGGAGUAUGUGGAAUGAGGAGAAAGUAGAAUGAGAAGGAAUUUCAGAGAAAAUGCAGAGACGGACUACACGGUGCAAGCCAUGCAAGACUUCAGUAUUCAUGGAGCCCAGAAUGCGAACUCCACGUUCCGCGUGGAAAGUGUCAGACCGGAAAGGUUCGCGACUCCGAAACAAGCGAAGAUGGCCGACCCGGACGACUUCUUCCGAAUUCCGGAACCGAAAAGAAGGAAAACUGUUGAUAACAGAAACAAAAAAGUGAGUUUAUUGGUUUUCGAUUCGAAAAAGGCACACGUUUAAAUACAAAUAGAACCGAGAGAUCAUCGACUAUAGAAUGUAGUUCAGUUACGCCGCAUUAUAAUGGGAACGACGGGAAGCGGAGAGAUGCAGAUGAGUCAGCAGUUCACGAGAAGCCCGUUGGUGCAGGACACGCAGUGA